GCUCGUGGCCACGAUUUGCGUGGAAUCUCGUCUGCGUUUACGUGUCUCAGGUGUGUCUGCUGCAACGUAAAUACGGGCUGCACGGGCCGCGGGAGUCUAUGGGAAGACGCCGGAGGAGCCCAAAGCCGGGAAAUGGGAAGAGAACCUCAAGAUGUGAGAUGAAUGUGUUUACGUUUUCAGGACCCAGUGGCCUUUGAGGAUGUGGCUGUGAACUUUACCUUGGAGGAGUGGGCUCUGCUGGGGCCUUCACAGAAGAAACUCUACAGAGAUGUGAUGCGGGAAACCUUGAGGAACCUGGCCUCAAUAGGGGAAAAAUGGGAAGACCAUAACACUGAAGAUCAGUACAAAAACCAGGGAAGAAAUCUGAGAAGCCAUACAUUACGGAGAUGCUGUGAAAGUGAAGAAGGUAGUCAGUGUGGCGAAAAUAUCAGCCUUAUUCCAAAUCUUAAUCUGAACAAGAAUUCUACUGCAGUAAAACCAUGGGAGUGCAGUGUGUGUGGAAAAGUCCUCAUGAGUCGUUCAUCCUUUAAUAGGCACGUUAGAUCUCACACUGCACCCAAACCAUCCAGGUAUCAGGAAUGUGGAAAGAAGCCUUAUAAAUGUAAGGUAUGUGGAAAAGCCUUCAGUUAUCUCCAGCCUUUUCAGAAACAUGAAAGUAAUCAUAGUAUAGAGAAAUCCUAUAAAUGUAAGGAAUGUGGGAAAUCAUUUAGAUAUCGCCAAUCUGUUCGAAAACAUGAACGGACUCACACUGGAGAAAAACCCUAUCAAUGUAAACAAUGUGGGAAAGCCUUUCGAUAUCAUCAAACCUUUCAAACACAUGAAAGAACUCACACAGGGGAGAAACCGUAUGAAUGUAAGCAAUGUGGUAAAGCCCUCAGUUGUCCAAGUUCCUUUCGAAGUCAUGAAAGGACUCAUACUGGAGAAAAACCCUAUGAAUGUAAAAAGUGUAGUAAAGCCUUCAGUUGUCCCAGUUCUCUUCGAAAACAUGAGAGAACUCAUACAGGAGAGAAACCUUAUGACUGUAAGGAAUGUGGGAAAGCCUUCAUUUCUCUUGGAAGCUUUCAAAGACACAUGAUAACACAUACUGGAGUUGGACCUUAUAAAUGUAAAGAAUGUGGAAAAGCAUUCAAUUGUCCCAGUUCAUAUAGAAUACAUGAAAGAUCUCACACUGGAGAAAAACCCUAUGAAUGUAAGCAGUGUGGUAGAGCCUUCAGUUGUUCCAGUUCCUUUCGAACACAUGAAAGAACUCACACUGGAGAGAAACCUUAUCAAUGUAAGGAAUGUGGAAAAGCCUUCCACUGGCUCACCACUUUUCAAGUCCAUGUGAGAACUCACACUGGUGAAAAACCCUAUAUAUGUAAGCAGUGUGGUAAAGCCCUCAGUUGUCCCACUUCAUUUCGAAGACAUGAACGGACUCACACUGCAGAGAAACCCUACGAAUGUAAGCAAUGUGGGAAAACCUUCAGUUCUCCUUUAGGUUUGCAAAUACAUGAAAGAACUCACACUGGAGAGAAACCCUAUAAAUGUGAGAAAUGUGGGAAAGCAUUUGUUUCUCUCACAAGCUUUCGAAGACACAUGAUGACGCACACUGGAGAUGGACCUUAUAAAUGUAAGGAAUGUGGGAAAGCAUUUAAUUGUCCUAGUUCAUUUCGAAUACAUGAAAGAACUCACACAGGAGAGAAACCCUAUGAAUGUAAAAUAUGUGGUAAAGCCUUCAGUUGUUCCAGUUAUGUUCAAGUACAUGAAAGAACUCAUACUGGAGAGAAGCCCUAUGAAUGCAAGGAAUGUGGGAAAGCCUUCAUUUACCGCACAACCUUUCGAGGUCACAUGAGAAUGCACACUGGUGAGAAACCGUAUAAGUGUAAAGACUGUGGGAAAGCCUUUAGUCGACCCAGUUCAUACAGAAGCCAUGAAAGAAUUCACACUGGAGAGAAACUUCUUGAAUGUAAGCAUUGUGGGAAAGCCUUUAAUUGGCCCACAUCCUUACAUAAACAUGUCAUGAGAAUGCACACUGGAUAUAAGUGAUAAAUACAAGAGUUUCCUAUUUUAACAAAUACUGGGCUGGCCAAAAAGUUCAUUCGGGAUUUUCCGUAACAUCUUACAGAAGAAUGAACUUUCUGGCCAACCCAAUACAUUCAAAGUCAUAUGAAAACUCUACUGGAGAGAAAUGCUAUAACAUGUAAAUAAUAUGGGAAAGCCUGAUGUAGAUUAAUUCACAUAUAAUGCUCCAAAAAAUUCAUAACAUGAAACGUUUUAAAAGUUAAAAAUAUAUCUUUAUCAGUGGCUUAUUCUGAAACUCAGUCUCUAAUUAUGGAUUCUACUUGUUAAUUUUGCAAAUGAACACAACACUGAGUUGAAACAAUUCUGUAAGUACUCUUUAAGCAAUAGUAUAUAAGCUUAGUAGGUAGUAUUUUUCCUUAAAUUAGCUUAUAGAAUUUUUGUCUUUCCAUUUUGAAAUCUGUUGGAUCCAUGAGUGAACUGGAAUAUAAUUGUAAUGUGCCAAUAUUAUAUAAUGUGCCAAAAAUAUAUAAUUUUUGUUGUUCUGUAAGUAAAGGGGGCAUGGACUAAUGACACUCUGGUAGUUGUUGGGAUUUUCCUAUUGGCUUCAUGUGGCAGGUACUGGAUAUUUCUUACCCAUUGUAAAUAUGCCUCUUUUAUUAGAAAAACUUUUCUCUUGUCAGAAGAGCCUUCUUCCAUUUUUUCCUUGCUAAUAAAUAGUUGGCAUAAAUUUGUAAUUAUGUGAAGUUUAACACAGAGUAUAAUCUCAUUUGACUUAGUAUUUACAUCUUUUCUCUUUGUCAUUUUCUCUUUACUCUUUGUCAUUCCAUCUGACUGUGAUUUGGGGAAGAGACUUUAAGACACCCAUGUUGACAUCAACUGCAUACUUAAACAAAGCAACCUUACAUUGUUUACAAGUGCAAUUAUUUUAAAUUCGUAGCUACAAUAUCUUUGCACUGAAGCAACAUUUUUCCCCCACCAAUGCAUUAAAAAUUCUCCUACAUUAUUCUGAUAUCACCAGUUAGUGUCUCUUUACCCAUAAUUCAAUUAGAAUAAUUAUAUCACUGAAGUCAACUAGUGGUAUUACCAUCCCUUCAUUCAUAUUGAGCACCUACUAUGUGCCUGUGCUGUAAAUACAACAGUGAUCAUAACUGAUGUGGUUACUGCUCUCACAUUGCAAGUCUGUGAGAUUAAAUAUAAACAUCACAUUUCUAGCUACUUUUUAAAGUGUUAUUAACAUUUAAGUUCUGAUUCAUUUUUGUAAUAACCUUGUAUGUUAAUGGACCAGUAAGUCUUUAUAUUUGCAAAAAGAAAAGAGACCUACCUGUUACAGGACACUAAAAUGUAGAAUUGGAGAUGCUCUCCUGGAAUGUGUUGUUAACAUGGGUAAUAUGUUGUGACCUACAUUUUCUAGAACCUGUUCUUUUCAUGGUUCUAUGUUAGAAUUCACCACUAGCCUCCCUUGCAUGACACUUGGAAGGCAAAGUGAAGAAGGCCUUAGUUCUUGAGCCACACAGGAGUUUCACAUAUACCUGGUUCUAAACCAUUUUCCUGAUUCUUUGCCCUGCCAGUCCAAAGUAGGCUCAUUACCACCAGCUACAUGACUUCCAUUUUCUCAGACCUGUUGGUUUCCACAGAUACCUCCACAAGUUCCACAGCAAAGAUCCCUCACAGUUUGGAUUUUCCUGCAAGUCCUCAUGUGUCCACCAGGCAACAAAUUUAGACUGCUGUGAUUGAGAACGUUUUGUGAAGCACUGACUCACCUCUUCUCUAUAUUGUAUUUGUAUAAGGUCUAAUUUGUGUAGUAAACACAUUGUUCUGUUGAUAUUGCUAGUGACUGUGUGUUCUUGAUUCCACUAUAGCAGCUACAGUGGUGCAGUCAGAAGAAAGCAUGUGGUCCUGUAGUGAGUUCCUCUACUGCACUGUGCAGUGACUUCUGUGGCCCAAUCCUUCCAUGUGAGAAUUAGCACCUUCCUCUUAUCGGAUAGAUUAUGGAUAUUUCCAAUCACUCACAAUUGAACAUAAUUUCUCAGUACAUUUUCAGUUAUGACUGAUUGUAUGUGAUUGAAAACAAUGGGUUUUUUUGUCAAAUGCUUCUCUUUCAAAAAAUCUUGUAUACUAACAAAUAUUAUCUUUUCUAUUUCCUAAUAGGAUAUAUUGAAACAUCCCAUUGCAAUUGUAGAUUUUUAGAUCAAGUUUGUGGUUUUUUUCAAGGUAAUCAUUAUACAUUUUGAUUCAGUAUUACCAUGUAUAUUCUUCCUCAGGCAAAUUUUUUUUUCAUAGUUAGAAUUUUUGUCAUGAAACGGAUUUCUCAUUUGUUCUUAAUUAAAAACUUAAAUCAUGGUUUUGUUACUGCCUUCUUGCCAAAAACUGCCAGGUUCACACUUGUAUUCAAAUAGAGGGGCGUGGGGGAGGGAUAAAUUGGGUGACUGGGGUUGACAUAUACACACUACUGUAUAUAAAAUAGAUAACUAAUGAGAACCUACUGUAUAGCACAGGGAACUCUACUCAAUACUCUGUAAUGGCCUAUAUGGGAAAAGAAUCUAAAGAGUAAAUGUAUGUAUAACUAACUCACUUUGUUGUACACCUAAAACUAACACAACAUUGUACAUAACUA